AUGCAGCAUUCACAAUUGGCCCCGCUUCCGAACGACGUGCCUUUUCGCAUUGUCUCCAAGACAAUCGGCCAAGGCGCGUAUGCCUGCAUUAAGAAAGCCUGUCCUCUGGACUCGGACAACCCCGUCUUCGCCGUCAAGUACAUCCACAAAGAUUAUGCCGCGCGCCACGGCAAGAUAAGCGCCAGACAACUGCAGCUGGAGGUCACGGUGCAUCGACACGUUACAGGCCACAAUAAUAUCAUCAGCUUCUAUCAGACUGGUGAGGAUGACAUCUGGCGGUGGAUCGCGAUGGAAUUGGCCGAGGGUGGCGAUCUUUUCGACAAGAUCGAGGCUGACGAGGGUGUGGGCGAGGACAUUGCGCACGUUUAUUUCUCGCAGCUCAUCAGCGCCGUCAGCUUUAUGCAUUCAAAGGGUGUCGGUCACCGUGAUAUCAAACCUGAGAACAUGCUCUUGACUGCGGACGGAAAUCUGAAGAUUGCGGACUUUGGCCUGGCCGCACUCUUCGAGUAUAAGGGAAGCAGGAAGCUCUCAACCACAUUUUGCGGAAGCCCACCCUAUAUUGCACCCGAGGUCAUUACCUGUAGUACUCGUGGUCAAACGAAAGGGUCAGGAUAUCACCCAGACUUGGUAGACAUCUGGUCUUGUGGCAUUGUUCUCUUCGUUCUUUUGGCAGGAAACACGCCCUGGGACAGCCCGACUGAUGACAGUUAUGAAUUCCACGAGUAUGUUGCGACAAACUCACGAACCACUGAUGAGUUAUGGCAAAAAUUACCGGCGGCCACUCUUUCACUACUGCGCGGCAUGCUGACCGUGGACCCAAAGAGUCGCUUCUCGCUUGAAGAUGUGCGAAGGCAUCCAUGGUAUACACGGUCAAACAAGUUCCUGUCUAGCGAUGGCAAGCUGAGAGAUCCAAUCAAUCUCGCCACCUCCAUGUUUGAGUCAUUGCACAUUGACUUCAGCCAGGAUCCCCUCUCCGAGAAGCGCAAGGGUCCCAGCCGGAGUCUAGAAGCAAUGGAUAUGGUUAUGGAUGUUGAUCAGCCAUCGGCCGGCUUCUCAUCCACACAGCCCGAAGUGGGAGGAGGAGGACUGGUGAUGGACUGGGAUACGCCGCAUUUGGCCUCCGAAUUUUCAUCUACUCAGCCCGCGGGGAGGCAGUUUGCUUCUCAGGAUGCCGCAAUGGCAAGUCACCUCGAGGACGAGCCAUCAAUGUCACAAUUCUCUCAACAGCCGUCUGUUCCCGUGAGCCGCACCCAAAAUGCCCAGAAAUUCCAAGAUAUUGUGCCAUCUCGUCCCAUGACCCGGUUCUACUCCGCGUGGGAAUUGAAACUUCUGGUCCCGUUGAUCUGCGAAGCCCUCCAUCGACUCGGAGUCCCAGUACCAUCAGUCCCCGCAGUGAGUGCCGGUGAUAGUUAUGCUAUGAUUCGGGUUGUUGCCAAGGAUGGCCGAAUGUGUCCGCUUCAGGGUAAAGUCCUCAUCGAGUGUGUAUCUGAGGGUGUUUUCGAAGUUGAGUUCGUUAAGAUCAAAGGCGACCCCGUCGAAUGGCGCCGAUUCUUCAAAAAAAGUGGUUAUUCUCUGUAA